AUGGAAACGGGUCCCAGAAACAGUCCUUGCUCCGAGAAGGAAUCCCAGGAAAUCUGCUCCCCUGGAUUACUGGUGUUCACCGGCUGCUCUGAGCAGGAUGCCAACUUGGCGAAGCAGUUUUGGCUCGGGGCAUCCAUGUAUCCCCCCACUGAAUCUCAGCUGGUGUUGACCAGGGACAGCAGCCAGCGGCUACCAGUGGCGAAGCUUUCUCAGGUCCAAGUGAGCGAGAAAAAUCCAGCCCAACCCUUUCCCUUUGAUUAUAACAAGGAGGCAAAUGUCUUUGCUAAAAUCCGAAAGAUUCAGGAAGCUGAAGAGAAAGCAAAGUAUCUCCAAAAGGCCAAAAAGAGAGAUGAGAUCCUCCAACUCUUAAGGAAACAAAGAGAAGAGAGAAUUUUGAAAGAGCUGAUUUCAUUACCUUAUAAACCUAAGACCAAAGUACUUGAAGCAAAGAAAGUCUCAUCAGAGUCAGACAAACAGGACCAAGAAGAAGUCAAAGCCUUGCAAUGAUUUGAUUGACAUAUUAUAGCAGGUGACUGACAUGUAUUCACCUUUGAAGCAAGUUAUGCUUACAUCAGGAUCACCAAGUAAAAAGUGUGCAGAUUUCCAGGAAUUUGACAAUUACUGAGUAUUCAUGUUAUAAUAUACUAAAAUAAAAGUUAAGAAUGUA